GUGUCUCAACGCUAUUAGCGCAGUGUGAUUAAACUAUCUCGCGAUAGUUCGAAUCACAUGGCCGCCCACAGUGUUUACAAGUCGUAAUGUGCUGGUGAAAUGAAACAAAGUCCUGAAGUAGGAGGACGUCGCAUGGUCUUCUGUGCUACUAGUACUCUCCGACUUCAGCUGAAACUUUGAUACCGUCGAGGAGAACCGUGUGUUUAGCAAAACUGCGAGCAGAACCUAGGGACAAGCAAGCCACAACACAGGCUAGUGGGUGCUGUGAUGUCCUCUACCCCCAACAGACUCAAACACCCACACUGCAGGAAGAAGCACUAUCCGAGUAGCACUUACCUCACCCACGUCUGACAGCCAACCGCCGGACACAAGGCAUUUGGACCCCAGGUAGAGAACUUGACAGAAGAGAUUGAUACGCAUUGUGAGAUGUCGAAUUCGGCUGGAGCUGGUGAAAGCGGAGGUGUGGCGGGCGCAGGGCAAGAUACAGAAGCGGAUAAUGAGCCCCCCCAGCAGACCCUACCUUUACUUGAAGGUGACAGCUCAGAGGUGGGGGACGCCUCAGAGGAAGGGGCCCCUCCGGCUGCCAAGCGGCUCAAGAUCAGCAGGGAGGAACCGUUGCGGGUACAGGUAGCAGAGCCCAAUAAGAUGCAUGGAGAAACACCAGCACAGGCUGGCUUGCUGCUGGAAGACCUAGCCCCACCAGCACAGAGCACAGGAGAGCCACCACAACAUGAGGAGAAAGGUCAUGGAGGGGAAGAGGUGCCUGUCAGUCAGGAAGGUGAAGAAGAAUGCCAUGAGAAUGGAGAUGGAGGGCACGAUGCCCCCUUAGAAGAAGGAGAGACAAAAUCAGAGAAGGAGCGCAACGCUAAUGGAUCAACAGACAGUCCCAGUGAAGGACAGCACCUUGGCUUACAUUUUACCCAGAACCCCCAGAUGCUGACUGGUUCCUGGACUGAGUACUCCAGCCUCCCAGAGAAUUACCUCAAAGGUUGCAAAUGGGCCCCUGAUGGUUCCUGUAUCCUGACCAACAGUGCAGACAAUGUGCUCCGUGUGUACAACCUCCCUCAAGAGAUUUACAGCUACAACUGGGACCUGCUACCAGAGAUGAGUCCAGUGCUGAGGAUGGCGGAGGGAGAUACCAUCUACGACUACUGCUGGUACCCCAAGAUGAACUCUCUGGAUCCGGAAACAUGCUUUCUAGCCAGCAGUAGCCGUGACAACCCAGUCCACAUAUGGGAUGCAUUUUAUGGGGAGGUGCGAGCCAGUUUUCGACCCUACAAUCACCUGGAUGAGCUGACAGCAGCUCACUCCCUCUGCUUCUCGCCUGAUGGGACGCAGCUCUACUGCGGCUUUGACAAAACUGUCAGAGUCUUCUACACUGAGCGUCCUGGCAGAGACUGUGAGGAGCGGCCGACAGUAGUGAAGAAGCAAGGCCAAAGUGGCAUCAUAUCCUGCUUUGGCUUCAGCCCCUGCCAGUCUGUUUACGCCUGUGGCAGUUACUCCCGCUGCGCUGGCCUCUACUCCUGCCAAGACGGCACCCUGCUGGCUCUGCUGCCGACCCGCCACCAUGGCGGCCUCACCCAUCUGCUCUUCUCCCCUGACGGCAACUACCUGUACACUGGCGGGCGCAAGGAUCCGGAAAUCCUUUGCUGGGAUUUAAGAGAGCCAGGAAAAGUUGUGUUUUCACUUAAGAGGAAUGUCACCACUAACCAGCGCAUCUACUUUGACCUGGACCUUGCCGGCAGGUACCUGCUGAGCGGCGACACGGAGGGAGUGGUGUCAGUAUGGGACACCAAGACACCUAUUCCUGAUGGUAAUGAGGAGCUACUGCAACCUCAGCUGAGGUUCCAGGCCCACUGGGACUGCACCAAUGGCAUCAGUAUUCACCCCUACGUGCCGUUAUUGGCGACCUCCAGCGGCCAGCGGCAGUUCCCUUGGCCCGGCGACAGCGAGGGUGACUCGGCCUCUGAUGGCGAGGGAGGUGAAGCUGUGAUGUCACCGCAGGAGAUCCGACAAGACAACGCCCUGACUCUGUGGUGGGCUGGACCAAUCAGCCCUGCCACAGAGGGGAACCAGGAGCCGAGCACAGUGGUGGUGGAGACCUGAAGCUCUCUUAGUUCAGCCAGCUGACACAAAUUGAGUUACACCUGUCAUGUGCUGUUUAUUUUGGGAAUAUUUGGUGUGGAUAAAGCUAAUUAUGGAUCAGUCAGAUUCUUUUUUUCAAUCAGCAACAUGAAGUCCGGAGGUGGAAAAGCAUUACUGGGUCAUUUUUAAACAGUCCGUUUACUUAAACAUUACACAUUUACACACACACAGUCCUAAUAAAUUUCUGAAAUUGAAACCUAACAUAUCAUCUUGAAGUUUUACAAGUAGUGAAGUACGCAUCAGUUGAAAUGAAAGGAUUAUCAAACAUUGCACACAAGGUCAGUUCAGAGCAGAUUUUCACGGUUCUGUGUUUGAAGACUUCAUUGUUUUAAUGCCAGUUUGGUAAAUAAGAAUUGAAGCUAUAGGCUAAGACCCUGGUCAGUGUGAGAAGCAAGGUUUUCUCUAAAACCUUACUCCGGUUGAGACAAGAAGUGGGCUGCAUAAGAAGUGGAUUGGGGCUCGAUAUUUCCCAGUUAUUGAAUAUGUGAGAGAACAUUUGCUUUUUUUUUUUCAAAAGAUGAAAUGUAAUGAAUCUUUUAUGAAACUCUUGUUUACCUGUUUUUUAUGCAGAAUCCUUCCUAAAUUGGAUGAAUUUGGUUGAACUGAAAGUCUUGACUGUGGUGUGAAGCAGCCCAGUGUCUAGCUACUGAUCGCACCUCCGAUCUCAGUUGUAUUUUUGUUGAGUGUUAGUUCAUGUGUGUGUGGCUGUAGUGCUGCCGCAGAGAUUCUUAACAGCUAUAGGUACAGUAAGUGCCAUUUGUUCUUGAGCUUUGCUUUUGUAAACUGAUGGGAUCUCCUGUUUUUAUCGUCUUUUUUAAACUAUUGGACGCACCAAGUCGUCGUGUCACCCUGUGCAUGCCCCUAAAAUGUAUAUUUUUGUAAAGCCCUGAUGUUAAUUCUAAUUUUUGAAUGUAUACUCUAAGCAGCUUACUUGAUUACUGUAACCUCAUACCAAUGUGAAAGUCUUUUAAUUAGUGGGUGCACCUGAAAAAUCGAGCAAUGUCUGUUAUUUUUUUACUACAGGAUGUGCUCAGAUUACAUUUGUACCUGUGAGUGGUAAUGUGGCAGCACAGAACACAUUGUUUUUGAAUAUAGCAUUAAUAAUGCAGUGCAGUGAUUUGCUCAAUGCUUAUGUUCUCCAUCAGUGGGGUGUGCUUCGCUGUAGGGUUUCUUUAGACACUGAUGAUUUUAUUAAUUUUAAUGCUUCUGCUGAUUCAGGUUUCGCUCACUGGAACUCAACUUUGUUGCCAAGCAAUUGUAGCUACGAUGUGGUAGCUAUUACACAAUACUUUACGUAUUUAUGCUCUACCAGGAAGCAUUAGGAACCAUGUAGGCCUUAAUGUCACAUAAGUCUCUAGAUAGAUAGCUGGGUCUGCAACAGGUGGCAUUCUGGGAGUUUUAUUUAAGCAGGAGUGAUUUAAAAGCAUAUCUCUUCACAGAUUCACGCUGUUAUUCAUUUUUGUCCUUUCUGUUAAAGGCAGGCCAGAGUUGGAUGCCCUGUAAUAAAUCCCUGAUGAAUGCAAGAUGAUGUUACACUCGAGUCAAGAGGCAGCUCUUAAAAGCUGAAGGGACUAUUGGCUUUUACUUAUGAGAUGGAAACUAUUCAUAGCUUUCACCUUUCCCACACACAUUUCUGUAUGAAUGCGCACACACUCGUGUAUUUGAUUGUCUGAAACCACAGGGGUACACUGAGCAGCGAGCCAAGUUGGAGAGCUGCACUGUUGUGUUGUGCCGGUUGCCUAGCGACCAUCUCCGCCUUGGGAGAGGAAAGAAGGUAGAAAAAUGACAAGAAGGAAAAUUGGGGGCAGAGAGAGAAAAAAAAAGAUUCCAAACAAGUUUGAUAAAUAAUCCAGUAGUUUAGUGACUGCCACUUGUUUGCCUGAUGGUCAGGACUCUCAGCCCUACCAGAGCCUGAAGUAUGUCUACGGCGGUGAGGGAUAUGUAGGUUCUUACGUAGGUUCUUAUGUAGGUUCUUUAUCUCUACGUAUCUGCUGUUGGCAAUUAGGAGCAGAAAGUGGUAAUGACACAAGUUGAUCUAUGGACAGUUCCUUGGGCUCGAUGUUUACGUUGCGUUAUGUAAUGUGAACUGUGAGACCUUUUACGGACAGAUGUGAUAUUUUCUUCAUCGUAACUACUCAGUGCAAUUUGCGAGUGAUUGAAGGAAAUGUGUUCAGUCACUUGAUUCAGAAACGAUAAAAAAGAAAUGGGAUGCAGCUAAACUCAAUUUAGAGCAACAGGUUUGAAUACAUAUAAAAUAAGGUUCUACUGUAUUUGAAUUUUGAAGCUCCUCUAGUCAAAAAUUUGAUAUUAACAUAGGAUAAAAUUACCAUGUAUAAUGGGAAAGGGUUUUGACAAAGUGAUAAUUAUCACCCAACUCUAGAGUUCCCCUCAGCUCUGCAGAGCGCUUUAGCAUCUUUUGUUUUGAAUUUAUAGCCCCAGACUUGUUUUGGUUCCCUCUUACGGUUCUCAUCAAACUCGUUUCCAGCAGGGAAAAAAGCAAACAAGCUUAAGUAAACCUGUUCUACACUACCUGCCCAGCAUGAAAUGACAGAGAAUUUAACGAUUAGCUUGUUAGCAUAGCCAGGAGUUAGUGGAGAGCAAAUCAGGGCUAGAAAGAGAGUAAGUAUUGGGCUGACAUUUUUCUGGUCGCUAGGAACACAACUCCAAAUGCAUGCUAAUGUUUUUUGUUUUUUUGUUGUUGUUUUUUUUUGCUGUGAAAUUAGGCAACUUUUUGUUCACACGUUUCUCACAAUAUUAGUGCCAUUUUUAGUGCUUGUUGCACUGCCCCAAGUGGUCAAAACAACCAAACUAAGCAAUUAAUGCACCUUUUAAUAGUUUACUGAAAACAUUUUUUUCAGUGGUUAAGUGCAGACCAGCUGUAAUAUGAUCAUACAGUAUUUAUGGAUAGCUACAAGGUUUGGUCACUAUCAGAUUCUUUGCCUCAAGGCUCACCACUAUUUAAAGUCCACUAUUUUUUACGUUUUAUUCUUUGCUUUUGCAAACACUAUGCCUGAGCUACAUCAGGCAGAACGUGCUAAAACAUUAAUGGAUACCUCGGAAAUGUACAACUAUUCCUAAAUGUUAAAUUAAGCCUGUAUUCCCAUUGUCAAGGCAGUCCCCUGGGCUAAAACCCCCACUUGGGUAUGAUAGAUACUGAUUUCAAUAUUAAAGUUUCCAGCAUUCAAGUCCCA